AUGGUGCUCUUGAUGAUGCAACGACUUUUCUCUGGGUUGAUUUUGUUGCUUCCCCUCUUGAAGGAGGUUUCUCCAUUCCUUGUACAUGUGCCUCAGCCAACAUCAUCACGACAGUCCUUCCUCCAUGUCCAUAGUAGUACAUCCUCCUCCUCCGAAGGAGUGACCAGCAAUAAGAAGGACAGCCGUGUCAUUUACCAAAAAGUGGUCAAGAGUCCAACUAGUACUGACGGCAACCUUCCUCUCUUUUUGGGGCACUUGGUGGAAUAUUUGCAAGAUCAAUUUGAGCUGCCGCAAGACCUGCCCAUGGUCUACCACACCAUUCUACCAACAACAAAUGACAAUGAUGACAACUCGUCAAGCAAUAAUUGUGUCACCAGUUGGGAUUCACCCAUGUCUGCAUCCACGGAUGCCACGCGCAUGAUGGUCGAAGUGGUGGCCAUUUAUACUGAUCAACACAAUGAUGAACAAUCAUUACCACCCAUGGCCAUGGUGGCCGUCCGCAAAAUGACACACACCAGCAAACCUUUGUCGCCCAUGACUCAAAAUUUAUUUGACGCCUCGGAAAAACAAAUAUUAAAAGCACUGGAUCGGGGAUUGGAUCAGUUUGCCGCUGGAAAGCUUGACAGCAGUAGUAAAAAGAGCAAAAAGCCACAAGAUAUGCAAGACGCCCAAACGGCCAUGAUUGAAGAAAUGCUCGAAGAUGCGGCCGUGUCGCAUCCGUCUCUGGUCGAGAACAACAGUACGACAAUCAGUGCCACGACUCCUGGAAAACAAACACUGAAUGUGCUCGAUGCCGAAGUGGAAUCAUCCUCCGAUUCAGCCGAUAUUAAAAAUACAUUGGAGUCACCGAAACAGGAUUCUGCUGCCCAAGAAGAAGAAGAAGACGACUUUGCCGUACGAGCCGCCAAAGUCGUCGCAGGGAGGAACAAGCCAAGUAGCAGCAAACAACCAACCAAGAAGACAAAGUCGGGCGUCGAUUUUGCCGUGGCCCAAGCUCAAAAGGUGGCAAAGGCACGAAAGGAUGUGCCAAAGUCUUCCAAGAAGGAGAAGAAGCAAACCAAGACUGCAACAACCACCACCGGCCAGCCAAUCCCGGCUUCUUCAGUCGGUAUUAGUGGUAACGCAAGCCCCAUGAUGGAAAGCAUCAAACGGGAUGGACAGAAUCGAGCGUUUCGCACGGUCGUGUCCAGACCUCAAUCGAGAGGAGCCAAUGCAAAAUCAAGAGAACAAGCCACUGCAGAGAAGCGACAAUCUAGUGGCGGGUCGUCUGACACCAAACCGUUGGAUGUCAAAGAGGCGGCCCAACAGGCUGUCGAGCAACAACGUCUAGCAGCCAAGGCUGCCAAGAAGAACAAGAAGAAAGCAGCAGACCAAAAGCCCCAAAAAGAAGAACAACCUCUUGCCGAGGAAACCAAACACCAAAAGACCAAGGAGACCAAGAAAGCAGCAGACCAAAAGGCCCAAAAAGAACAGCCCUUGGAAACAAAGAAUUCUUCUCCUACUGCCAAGAAGCGUGCUGUAGAAGGACCCUCGGACCAAGAAAUCAUGCAAACGGCCCGAGACGUCAUGGAAGAGUUGUCCAAUCAAAGUCAAGACAUGACACCCGAGGAAUUGCUGGAGGAUGUACUCAAAUUUGGAGCGGCACAAGACAAGGAAAAUGAAAUUGGGACGGGAUUUGUUGCGGGAGCCUUUGAAAAAGCCAAGGAACUCCUACGGGAACAAAAACGCAAUCGAGACGAAAAAGUAAAAGCACAAGUGGUGGAGCAAGUCACCCAGGAACACCUUCAACAGCAGCAGCAGUCCAGUCCAGCAAACGACAAGCAGCAUAAUGUCAAUGUCCGAUCCAGAGAGGUCAGUUCCGAGGAGGAAGAAUUGCGCCGCAUUUUCGAAGCAGGUGUCAGGGCUGCGGACAGCCACAUGACUGCGCCGACAACAAGUCAAGGAGGAGAUAUGGUAACAAAAGAAGCCAUGUCGGAGGAAGACGCACAACAAGUGGACGACUUGAUUGCCGGCGACAAGAGUGUUUCGAAUCAUGCACGAAUCUUGGAUGACGAGUUGGCAGAGCUAGAAGUUCGAAUUAACCAAUCUCCCGGAGGAGCCGUAGACCGAGGCCCGAAUCCUCUCUUUGAUAUAUUCUCUGGACCCGAGACGUACAACCCCAAUGUAGAUCCUGCCACGGCAGUCAAUUGGCCAGGAGCGCUACCAGGGACGGCGACAACCACGGGCCAUUUACCAAAGGAACUCACCGAAGCCGUGAAACAGGCCGAGUUCGCCGCGGAGGUGCUGCAGAAUUUAGAAGUACGAGAAGAAGAAUCGGGCGAGAAAGCCUUCUUUGUGGGCAAGCGACAAUUGUCUGCCCAGCAGGUGGAAAACCUUCAAUCCGUUGCCGCGGAAGCUGUGGAAAUUGGCAUCAUACCGAAUCCGCUGGUCUUGAUGGAGGAAAGGGGUCGGCUACAAAUGGUGCUGGACGAGCUAUGGAACCAGGACGAAGACCGGAGGCGAGAAAUCGUUUCCAAUUACAAAGAUUUACUGUUAUCAGACAACUUUGUGGCACUGAUCAAAGAACGCCUACGAGAAAUGGCCGACAGAGACAUAGAGGCACUUCGCCAAAGAGCAAACGAUGAGGAAGAAGAAGGUGAAAGUGAACUGGAGCAGCGCCAUACACGGGAAAGAGAGUUGCUUGGUCAACUGGUUGUCACUGCUCAACUGUUACUGAAGGAGGCUCGAGCCAUUGGUGCCGAGCUCGAAGCACAACAAAUUGAGGUUAUCAGAUCCAUCUGCAAGGUUGCGAUGGACCCGUCUCACCGAACGGAAGAAGAAACAGCAGCUGCUUUGACAGACACCGUGAGAGAUAUGCGCCCACUCUUUGAUGACAUGUUCAUUGCCUAUCUCAAAUACGCCGUUGCAGAGGAAGAAGGACGACUUGCUCGUGCCGGUGUACUCGAUGAUCCUGAGCACAAUCAAUGGUUAUUUGUUUUACGCAUUGUCCAGCAAGGGGUUCAUGCUGAAAUUGCCAAAGGAAUCAAUCGAUACGUUGAGCAUAUCUGGUAUGUCCUGCGCAUGGAGACUCCCAUUGAACGCAAGCUGUUGCUUGCCAAGCUGAUUGAUGACAUGCCUACGCUCGAUGUAAGACCGUUUGUUCGAGUUGUGGACAAUAUUGUUAGCUCGUUAGGUGAAGUCGGAAGAGGUGAAUUGAAAGAUGGGGCCUACGAGCUUGGUAACAUGACCAAUAAGUUGCUUCAAUUGCACCGCGACAUGAAAGAGCUUCUGCCACCCGAAAGGAUUGAGGCCAAGAGCCGUGACGCCGACGAAUGGGCCGCAAAGCAGAAAAAGAGGAUGGUGGAGCAACGAAAGCUUGCCCAACAACGCCUGAAGGCCGCACGCGAAACCGAAGAAUACGACGGUGAAAUCGAUUCCAUUGGAAUGAGAGGCGAGACGGAGCGUUUUUCGUAA